CGCAUUCCCAUGUUGCGUCGCCGACGCCAUGGCAUUGCCUCCGUUCCAAAGUGAACGGCAGCGCUGCUGCACUGCUGAUUCAAAAGCGCCUUGAUUGGGUUGUCGUGGUGCCAUCUUCAGAGGAGCGCGCAGCCAUGGAGGACGUUCGGGAGGGCAAGGACUACAACUUCCCCAAGGAGGAGGAAGCCAUCCUGGCAUUGUGGGACAAGUUGGAUGCAUUCAAGACCCAGUUGAAGAAGACCGAGGGCAAGCCGGAGUUCGUGUUCUUUGAUGGCCCCCCCUUUGCCACCGGGUUGCCCCACUACGGCCACAUCCUGGCAGGCACUAUCAAGGACAUUGUGACCCGGUAUGCCUCCACGACGGGGCACCACGUGGCGCGCCGCUUUGGGUGGGACUGCCACGGGCUGCCCGUGGAGUACGAGAUUGACCAGAAGCUGGGGAUCAAGUCCAAGGACGACGUGCUGGCGCUGGGCAUCGGCAACUACAACGAGGAGUGCCGCGCCAUCGUGAUGCGCUACUCCAAGGAGUGGGAGAAGACGGUGUCGCGCCUGGGCCGCUGGAUCGACUUUGAGAACGACUACAAGACGCUGGACGCGUCGUACAUGGAGAGCGUGUGGUGGGUGUUUGCGCAGCUGCACGCCAAGGGCCUCGUCUACAAGGGCUUCAAGGUCAUGCCCUACAGCACCGGCUGCACCACCCCGCUCUCCAACUUCGAGGCAGGCCUCAACUACAAGGACGUGAGCGACCCCGCUGUCCUGGUGGCCUUCCCCCUGGAGGACGACCCCGACGGCGCUGCGCUAGUGGCGUGGACCACCACCCCCUGGACCCUGCCCAGCAACCUCGCACUCUGCGUCAACGCCGCCUUCACCUACGUCAAGGUGAAGGAUCGGCAGAGCGGGGCGGUGUACAUGGUGGCGGAGAGCCGGCUGGCGCAGCUGCCCAGCAAGAAGGCCAAGAAGAGCGCGGACGCAGCGGCGGCAGCACCCAACGGGGUGGCGGCCAAAGAUGCGGCCAAGAAGGAGGAGGGCGGCGCCAAGAAGGGCGGCAAGAAGGACAAGAAGGACAAGGACGCCAAGGAGGCCGGCGCUGCGGCUGCACCGGGGCUGGACACUGCCGCGUACGAGGUGCUGGGCAGCUGCAAGGGGGAGCAGCUCAAGGGACGCAAGUACGUUCCCCUGUUCAACUAUUUCGACGAGCAGGCGUCCACGGCGUUCCGCGUGCUGGCAGACGACUACGUCACGGACGACAGCGGAACAGGGGUGGUGCACUGUGCCCCGGCCUUUGGCGAGGACGAUUACCGGGUGUGCCUGGCGGGGGGGAUCAUCGCCAAGGGGGGCGACUUCCCGAUUGCCGUGGACGACGACGGCCGCUUCACCGCCAAGGUCGUCGACUUCCAGGGCCGCUACGUCAAGGAAGCCGACAAGGACAUCAUGGCCGCGGUCAAGGCGCGGGGCCGCUUGGUGUCGGCGGGCACCAUUGUUCACCCGUACCCUUUCUGCUGGCGCUCCGAAACGCCCCUCAUCUACAAGGCCGUCCCCAGCUGGUUUGUGGCGGUAGAGACGAUCAAGGAGCGGCUCCUGGCGGCCAACGCGCAGACACGGUGGGUGCCGGCUUACGUGAAGGAGAAGCGGUUCCAGAACUGGCUGGAGAACGCGCGCGACUGGGCCAUCAGCCGCAACCGGUACUGGGGCACGCCGCUGCCCAUCUGGCGCUCCGACGACUGGCAGGAGCUGCGCGUUGUCGGCAGUAUCGCCGAGCUCGAGCAGCUCUCCGGAUUCAAGGCGACGGACCUGCACCGGCACCACAUCGACCACGUGACCAUCCCGUCCAAGCGCGGCCCGGAGCACGUGCUGAGACGCUGCGAAGAGGUGUUUGACUGCUGGUUCGAGAGCGGUGCCAUGCCGUACGCACAGGCGCAUUAUCCGUUCGAGAACAAGGCGCAUAUGGAGGCCAAUUUCCCCGCAGACUUCGUCGCAGAGGGCCUCGACCAAACGCGCGGCUGGUUCUACACGCUGAUGGUGCUGUCGACGGCGCUGUUCGACAAGCCCGCGUUCAAGAACCUGAUCUGCAACGGGCUGGUCCUCGCGGAGGACGGCAAGAAGAUGAGCAAGCGCCUGCGCAACUACCCGCCCCCCACCGAGCUCAUCGACGAGUACGGCGCCGACGCGCUGCGGCUGUACCUCAUCAACUCGCCCGUCGUCAAGGCCGAGCCGCUGCGCUUCAAGAAGGACGGCGUCUUCGCAGUGAUCAAGGACGUGUUCCUGCCAUGGUACAAUGCGUACCGCUUCUUCGUCCAGAACGUGCUGCGGCUGGAGGCCGAGGCCGGGGGCCGCUUCGUGCCGAGCAGCGGGCGCGAGUCGGGCAACGUGCUGGACCACUGGAUCCACAGCGCCACCGACAGCCUGGUGCUGGCCGUGCGCGCCGAGAUGGCGGCGUACCGCCUGUACACCGUGGUGCCGCUCCUGCUCAAGUUCAUCGACGGCCUCACCAACAUCUACGUGCGCUACAACAGGAAGCGCCUCAAGGGCGCGCGCGGCGACGCCGACUGCCGCACCGCGCUCUCCACGCUCUACCACGUGCUGCGCACGGUGUGCUGCGCGAUGGCGCCCUUCACGCCCUUCUUCACGGAGGUGAUGUACCAGAACCUGCGCCGCGUCGAGGGCCCCUCUGCGGAGGCGAGCGUGCACUUUUGCGAGUUCCCCACCACGCAGGCGGCCGUGGACCCGCGCAUCGAGCAGAGCGUGGCGCGCAUGCAGACCGUCAUCGAGCUGGGCCGGACCAUCCGCGAGCGCCGCGCCAAGCCCGUCAAGCAGCCCCUCCGGGCCAUGACGGUGGUGCACAGCGACGCCGCGUUCCUGGAGGACAUGACCGGCAAGCUGCGCGAGUACGUGCUGGAGGAGCUCAACGUGCGCACGCUGCACGCCUGCAACGACCCCCUCCAGUUCGCCACCCUGCGCGCCGACCCCGACCUCAAGGUGCUAGGCAAGCGGCUGGGCAAGGCGAUGGGCGCGGUAAGCAAGGCGGUGCGCGAGCUGGACACGGCGGCGCUGCUGCAGUACGAGGCGGCGGGGCAGAUCGACGUGGCGGGCCACACGCUGGGCAGCGGGGACCUGCGUGUCGUGCGCGAGUUCAAGGCGCCGCCCGGGACGAACCCCGACCACAUCAGCGCAGCUGGGGACGGCGACGUGCUGGUGGUGCUGGACCUGCGCGAGGACGAGGAGUUGCAGGCCGCCGGCCUCGCCAGAGAGGUGGUGAACCGCGUGCAGAAGCUGCGCAAGAGGGCGGGCCUGGCCGCCACGGACGCGGUGGAGGUGUACCUGCGCUGCGCGGGGCCGCCCCAAGAAGGCCUCCUACAGGCGCUCCACGCACAGCGGGACUACGUGGCCGCAGCGCUGGGGAUGCCGCUGCUGCCCGCCGCGCACCGGCCUGACACCGCGGUUGUGCUGGCGACAGAGCAGCACGAAGGAGUGGGCGGCACGGACUGCGCGCCCUUCGAGCUGGUGAUUGCGCGGCCGGCCCUGGUGUUCACGGACCAGCUGUCUGCGACGUGCGGGGGCAAUGCAGAGCAUGCGGACAAUGUCCGCACCGCGCUGCUGGCGCGAGACCACGCGGCGCUGAAGGCGGAGGCAGCGGCAGCAGAGGGCAAGCUGACGGUGGCCAUCGAAGGGCAACCCAAGUACAGCGUGACUGUUGCGAAAGACAUGUUCUGGAGUGUUGGAGACAGCUUGAAACACUGAUCAUCUUAUUUCACACGGAAGAGUCAUGCAGACGGGUACAUUGCAGUUUUGAUGGUAACCUGAAACGACAGCCAGACUGAGAAGGACAUUGCUUGAAGGAUUGAGUAGAUUGAGGACGACUGGAGUCGAGAAACCGAUCUUCAAAGAUAUAAAGCGCGACGCUUAUGCCCUCGACUCUGCAAUCAAAAUCUUCAUGCUGCUUGCAUCGAGGUCGCUUAUAAGAUAGUACCGCGCUAGGUAGCGAGUAUAGUUGCUAGUACAUAUGUAAUACAACUUACGGCAC